UCGCGCAGGUAGUAUAAAAACAUUUUGUACUUAUCAAGCUUCAGGAUAAAUCAAACAAUGCAAUAAUAAAAGUACAAGAUUUGGAAAAAAACCCGCAUGGAUAUAUAAAAAUUUUUCAUGUUGAAGUUUAAUUGUUAUCUUUAGAUUGAAAAGUGCCUCGUCAGACAAGUCAUUUACAACUUAGCUCAUACUGAGCAAUUGUUUGUCCGCCCACGAUCUAUGCUGUCUGUUUUCAUAACGGUUUUAGUUAGUCAGCUGCCACACGCUUGCUAGCAUUCUUUACAUUUUGUUAGAUGCUAUGUUGUCGCAAAACGUAUUGGUACGAACUGGAAAUAUACUUUCCUUAAAUGAGGCAAAAACAAAAGCUAGUCAAAACUCCACGAACGAGCUAAUUGAAACAUUAAAAAUUGUACUUAGAGACAAUGAAGGCAGUGGUGAAAAUCCAGUAUUCAUUCAAGGUGUAAAAGAUAAUUCUUUGAAAGAUAUAAACAGAGAAGAUGUUAAAAUAACAGUAAAAGUAUUCAUGUCAUCACCUGAUGUAAACUUAUUGAAAGAGGCUAUAGAUCAAGUGUGUAAUUCUCUGAAUAUAAAUGCAAUUGAAUCUUUGGUAAUUGCCUACUCAGGCAAGGAAGACUCAGAAGACAUAUUGGAAGCGUUGAAACAUUUAUGGGCUGGAAUAGAAGAAUAUGUCAAGAUUGGAAAACUGUCCAGUGUUGGUUUAAGUGAUGUCAACACAAAUGUAUUUAUUGAGUUGUUUCAGUGGGCAAAUAUAAAACCAAAUAUUGUACAAAUUAGUUUAGUUACAUGUUGUGUUGUACCACCAGCACUGCAGGCAUUCACUAAAGAAAAUGAUGUACAAUUGUUAACGCAUAACGACCCGGAACAAAUCCUUUCUCAAGACGACCUAGAUGGAAUUUUCAAUACCAAUGCAACUUUAUACUGGGUAACAAGAUAUCAAAUUCAUCUGAAAUGUCGUGGUAUUUUAUCAUCAAAGGGUUACCUCGUAUAUGUUAAUAAAGUAAAAUGA